GUUUGCGCUACCGCCUGCGCGGGACUACUGCUCCCCUCAUCCGUAGCUCCCACAGGCGGGGGCAGAAGCGUUUAGCGCGGCGGACGAGGUCGGAGCGGGCCUUCUCUGCCUCGGGCCCGCGUUUUGCGGCGGACGGAAGGCGACCGGUGGAAACAAGCACGCGGGAAUGGGCAGAUCGGUAUCAGAUAGCGCUGGAUCCUAGGAGGGUGAAGAAGAGUUGAGCUUCGACAUCAUGGCUAGCGGUUCCAGAAAUCGAAAGCCAGGAUGGAAACAGGUAGCCAUGGCAUCUCGGUUGAAGAGACCACGGAAUGUCGUUCCUUGGCAGAGCAAGGCUGAAUGGGACCAAGUGAUGGUGGGGCUGUAUUGUGAGGACUGCCAGACGCAGCAAGAUGCACUGGACAGAGUGUCUGUCUGGAAGAGCAGGUUCGGGCACAAGAUGCCUUUAGCUGUGGAAUGCACUGCAGAUCUGAUCCGCUGUAAACUCCUAGAUGCCUCUGGAGUUCUGAAAUCCCAUGAAUUGAUCCUUACAUAUGGCCUAGCACUAGUGAGGUUUGUGAAUCUUAUCACCGAGCGGAAGCAGAAGAUGGUUACCAUUCCACUAAGGCAGCUAGCAAAAGAGCUAAACAUCCCAACCUGGAUUGUGGAUCUCCGUCACGAUCUGACCCAUGGCACCCUUCCCCAGCUGGUUACUUGCCGAAAAGGUUGUGAUACUGUGCUGGACUGGCUUCGGCGCUCAUAUUGGAGCUGCCAGUUGGGCAAUAGUUUAGUUGAAGAAGGUGAAGAGGAAACCGAAGAAUCAUCAGAAACAGAUGGUGAAGAGGAGAUGGACAGCAGUCAAGAAGAUCUAGAGAAGAUGCUAGAUGAGCAGAAACGCCAGGAACUCUGUGGGAAAGUCAGAGAUGUUUUGACUUCCUAUAAAAAUCAGCAACUUGAGGUUCUCAGGCGGCAGCCAAAUAUCAGCCAAGCUUGCAAAGUGUGGAGCACAGCUACUUCAGAGGUGGAGUGGGUUACGGCCCAGGUGAAAGAUUUGUUACAAGAAAACAGGGAAGUUGUGGCUGAGACGUUACUUGAAGACGGCUUUCUCAUUCCAACCGCAGACGCAUUGCAGAUCUUGAGUAUUCGCCCUCAAGAAACUCACAAAUGGGAUUUUAAGAUCCCUCGAGUAUUUCUUCGUUUCUGGCAGCCCCUGCUGAAAGGUUUGCAUUCCAGAAAUUUCACUCAGACUCUGCUGGAGAAAAUGUUUAAUGAGUUGAAGGCACACACAAGGAUCUCAUCUCUUCGGUCUCAGUACCUCAUCAACUGGAUCACAAAAAUUCUGAAGGCCAACUUGCAAGUUAAGAAGAAGUUAAAGUCUUCCAGAGCGAAGAAGAAACAAAGCUGCCUGAGGUUGUUUCACCACCAUAUUUCAUUGCAGUGGCUGAAGCUCCUCAGUGAUUGCCUAGAAGCACCUUGCUGGGCAAGUCCCCAUCUCUUGCAUCUGAUUCUGUUAAGCAUGGAGCCCCCAUUGCCGGAUGAGGCUCAAGAGAAACUUCUCUUCCUCACUUCUAUUUACACCCAAGAAGAUGGCUCCCUUCCCAGUUCUGGCACAACUCUGGACUUUUGCAAGCAGCCCAUUUACACUGUGGAGAGCUUACUGAAGCUCAACACUGCUGCCCACAGAUUCUUGAAGAGAGCAGGGAGGCAAGAGAUGUUGCCAGGAAGGGUUAAAGGGGAAGGUUUGGCUGAGGAGGAGGAGGAAGAAGAGAUGGACAUUCAGUCCCCGUCACAGCAAGAACCUCUCUUCCUGGAGGACCCAGUGGCUUUGGCUGAAAAACGGAAAGCUCUUCAGGGUGUAGUCUGGCAGGUCAGCUCAGAUGAACUGAAAUGGAGAAAUUUUCCCCUGGGAAAACUGCCUGGCCAAACAGAUGAUCCUGAUACCCUGCUAGUGGAUAACUAUACUAUGAUGUCGGCUCUUGACCAGCUGGAGAACGGAGACAGGAAAAGUACCCCCAACAGUGGCUCGUCAGAAUGGUCUGGCUUUCUUGCGGCAGGACUCUUAUGGACCCAGAGCGAGCUUCACAAGUUAAAGAGUGGGAUUCAGCUUUUCUGAGGGGAGAUUCUGUGCCAGCGAUACAACAUAAAGGGAGGCUUUUCUUGCCACUUGAGGAGGAGUGCCGUGCCUGCUCUUUGCAAGUUGUUUUGGUGCAGUGGAGUUAAUUCUCCACACUAGACAGUUCCUCCUGGACAUUUAAGGGUUGUGGAGAGGCGGGCACAGUUAAUCCACACAACAGAACUGCCCACUGUUUAAGCUCAUUCUUGUACUUUAAUAAAACAUUUAAUAUUUUUUG